UAUCCUAAUUUUUCAAUACAUAUCCCAUUCAUUAAUCCUUUCUGCUUCUAUUUUAUUAAGAUAAGCUUUAAGGGAUUUUUUUUUCCUCUGAAGAUUGUGUUAGCUCUAUAUCAGAUAUUUGGAUAUACUGUCCCUUCACUGUCAAUAAACUCAAGUGACUUCCUUUUACCUUGAGAAGUAAAUUUUAAAUACUCUAUUUAGCAUUCAAAGCCCAUAUAACCUAGGCCUCUCCAACCUUUACAGUCUUACUUUAUAGUCUUCUUAUACCUCAUUCCCCAACAUAUAAUCUUCCAUCCAAGUAGUGGCUUCCUGGCUGUUCCAUCAAAAAGACAUUCCACCUCUGGUCUCUGAGUGUUCUCUCUGGCUAUCCCCCAUGACUAACAUGUUCUCCUUUCUGCUCUGCCUACUGACUGUCCUGGCUUCCUUUAGGUUUCAACCAAAAUCCCACUUACUACAGGAAUCCUUCCCCAAAUCCUCUUAAUUGCAAAGCCUCCUCUCCAUAAAUUGCUUCUCGUUUUUCCUGUAUAUAGCUUAUUUGUACAUAUUUGUUUGCUUGCAUGCUGUUGCUCUCAUUAGAUGGUAAGCUUCUGGAGAGCAGGGACUAUCUUUGGUCUUUUUUUUUAUGCCCCUUGUGCUUAGCACAGUGCUUGACACAUAAUAGGCACUUUACAUUUUUUUGAUUGAAUUGAAUCAUUUUACAUUUGAGUAAUCCAAAUCUCAUGGUGGUAAAGAGGUUUUCUCAAGGACAUAAAAGCAAUGAAGGUCAGAAUCAAGACUUAAAUCCAAGUCAUCUACCUGUAGAACAAAAAGUUGUUCUGCCUUAUCAGGUUACCUUGACUAUUAGACAUUAGAAAUUAUCUUCCUGUGUCUAUUUAAUCUAUAUCCUACAGUAUAUUUUCUUCUUUAUUAAAUCAUAAAAAUUGAUGCUAAUACUUCUAAAAUGUAAUGUUUUAAAACCUAGAAAAUAUAAUUUAACUUACUAUAUAACCAAGGUUCAAAAAUUUUUCUCAGCUGUGAUCUUUCCAUCAUGCUUGACUAUUUCUGUCACAGGAGGAUGUGGGAAAAUCAAACAAUGAUCACAGAAUUUAUCCUCCUGGGAUUUUCCAUCGGCUCAGAAAUACAGAUAUUCCUUUUUGUGUUAUUCUCUUUGUUCUAUGUUCUCACUCUUCUGGGGAAUGGCAUCAUCCUGGGACUCAUCUGUUUGGACUCCCAUCUGCACAUUCCCAUGUACUUUUUCCUCUCACAUCUGUCCAUUGUUGACAUCUCCUAUGCCUCAAAUAAUGUACCCAAGAUGCUUGUGAUUCUACUGAACAAGGGCAAAACCAUAUCUUUUGCUCCCUGCAUAAUGCAGAUAUUUUUGUAUUUGGCUUUUGCCCAUGUGGAGUGUCUCAUCUUGGUGGUGAUGUCCUAUGAUCGUUAUGUGGCCAUCUGCCAUCCACUCAGAUAUACAGUCAUCAUGAGCUGGAGAUUGUGUACUACCCUGACUAUCAUCUCCUGGGCAUUCAGCUUCCUCCUUGCCUUGGUCCAUGUGGUUCUCAUUCUGAGAUUACCCUUCUGUGGACCCCAGGAAGUAAAUCAUUUCUUCUGUGAGAUCCUGUCUGUCCUCAAGCUUGCCUGUGCUGAUACUCAACUUAACCAACUUGUUAUUUUUACAGCAUGUGUGUUUAUCUUAGUUGGACCUCUUUGUUUAGUCCUGAUCUCCUACAUGAGGAUCCUCUCUGCCAUCCUGAGGAUCCAGUCUGGGGAAGGAAGGAAGAAAGCAUUCUCCACCUGCUCCUCUCACCUCUGUGUAGUUGGACUCUUCUUUGGCAGUGCCAUCAUAAUGUACAUGACCCCCAAAUCCAGCCAUCCUGAGGAACAGCAGAAAAUACUGUCCCUAUUUUAUAGCCUUUUUAACCCCAUGUUAAAUCCCCUAAUCUAUAGCCUGAGGAAUGCAGAGGUGAAGGGUGCUCUGAGGAGGAUGUUAAAAAAGGAAAACCAUUCCUCAAAAAUGUGACUUGUUCAUAACUAGAUACAAUUCAUUGAUAUCUUUGACAUUGUUUCAUCUCUCUGAGAAUAAAUCAAAGUUGCCUGCUUUCUCUGUAUCUCUUAACAAUGUAAUUCUAGAGGCUUCAUGGUUAUUUCACUGUGUCUCCCAGCUACAGUAAAUUUAAUAUUACUUCUUACUUAGGGCUUAUGUUUAAAUAUUUGUGUAUCUAAGUAUUGAUUUAAGAUAUAAACUCUAUAUUGGGCUUAUGUCUCAUAUUCUGUAAUAACAAUUUGCUUCUAGAGGUCAAAGUAAUAAAAAUAAAAAUAAAUUCUUCCAAACUGAAUAGGGAGCCUAUGAGCCAUAGUCACUGACUUUGGUCUUAUCUAUCCAUCUUGAUCCCAGACUUGGAUUUCAUUUUUUAUUUUUAUGUUUUUUCUUUCUAUUACCAAAGGACUUUAGCAGAAGCCUGUACCUGAUAUAUUAUCCAACCUUGGGACUUCAUAGGUUAAUAACUUGCUAGGUCUCCUGAAUCAAGAGUGUCUUUCAUGACUUGUAAUAGCAUGUAACUACCUCUUCCUUCAAUCUCCUUGGACAUAAAUAUUCUUCUACCCUCCACUUCUUUACAAAUCACUAUUAUCCCUCCUAAAGGCAGGUCUCAGAAAUCAAAGAGACCUCAUAAGUCACUUCUUUCAACUGUGACCUAACACAAGAAUGCUUCCAUUGUAUGAAUUCUCUAUGAAUUAUUGAAUCAUAUAAUUAUCUUAUUAUUGAAGGAGACCUUGAAAGUUGGUUAAAAACAGAUUGUCUCAAAUCUCAUGUCUCUUUGUUUUAUAACUUUUAAUACAGUAAUAUGUGAUUUUGUAUAUUAGUUAUCUAUGUUUAUGUUUUAGUGGAGUGUAAGGUUUCUAAAUCUCCAUAUUACAUUUAUAUCCUCAUCAACUUGCACAGUUUCUAUCACAAAUAAAGUGUGUAAAAAAUAACUGGCCAAUUAAUUUGUCUAUUACAUUAUUAACUCCAUAAUUCUGUCAAUGGCAUCUUAAUUUUUAAAAUUUCCACCAGCUAAGGACACUAUGUUCCAUAUACUAAGUGUAUAAAAAUGAUUAUUUGAAUACAUUUAGGGUGAAGGAAUAUAUCUAGUGUGGUCUCCUACUCAGAGAAUAAUAAUGGUACUGAUAUAACUCAUUUUUACAUAUUACUUUAAAAUGUGUUAUUCCUGUAUUUUUCUCCCUUUUAUAGAGGAAAAAAACUGAGACUCAUAAAAUCUAGAAGACUUGCCUAAAGUCAUUCAGCUAGUAAGAAUUGUUUGUUUGUUUUUGUAAAUCAGUUACUCCAAUUCAUGUUCAGUGAUUAUUAAAAUGAAUUAAUUUACAAGAGAGUCAUUGUAACUCCAAUUGAAACAAAAAUUUUGGGUGGGGUACAGUCUCUUAAGCAAGUAGUGGAACAUAUUUGAUUACUACACACAUUCAAAUUUCUGGGGCUUCAAUUAUUAUUUCACUUUGCUUGGAUUAUAACUAUCUGGUUUGAAAUUUAAAAAGCAGGGAAAAAAUUAAACACUGACUUCAGGGAAGAGUCAGGGUUAUUAAUCAGUCAUUUUUAUUUUUGAAUGGUGGAUACAGUUCAAUGAUCUAUCAGACAAUUAUACCUGAAUUCAUAACUCAAAAUUUAUAUUAGCUACAAUUCCAGUGGCUUUUACCUUAAAUAACAAAUCUCACCAAUCACAUCUUGGAUCUGAGAAGUUUCUAAGUUUUACAUAUGCAAUGAAAAGUUUUGAUUUUACAAGUCAUGAUAACCAAUUUUUAUUUCCAAUAAUUUUCUAUUUUUUCUACGUUUAAAUACUCACUAACAAUGCUUAAGCUAUCUGGCAAUUCUCCCCAAUUUAUACAGGA